GCUUGGGUUUGUUUAUUGUGCCAGGAAACAAAUAAAUCUAAGUAAUAUGCUAUUUUGAUAUUAAGGCUAGUCAAAUUAAAUAAACACACUGUGCAAAAAGCUUUUCUACUUUUGUGCAAUGCACUUGCAUUUAUUUUGCAGAGAUGUUAGUAAACCGGAUAGCUCAUUAAGCGAAAUGCCUGAUCAUUAUUAAAGCUAUAGCAGCCAAGUUGUAAUACAGUUUCCUUUGGUAACACAAAGUGAGUAAACUUAAACUAACACAGCAGCUUUGCACCGAGUCUUUUAGUGUGCUUUGAACUCUGCAUUGCACAUUACAAAAUCUUCUUUAGCCUUCUCCUCCCAAAUAAUGAAAGUUUAAUCUCAUUUGUCUCACUUUUGCUAGAAUAGAAAUGCUCAGUCAGUGUACACUGUGGAUCUAAGUCCAACCCUAGCCUUGCUCAAGUUAAAACAAAAAAUAGAUAACGUAGGAGGCUCAUGCAAACAAUCCCACCCCCUGACUUUCACACAUCUUUUUGUGAGCUGCAGAUAUGUUAUUGGUGACUUUAAAAACAUCUCGACAGAGCUGUCAUAAACAUGUCAGUUGAGAACUUGACUACAUUUGGCUUUUGAAAAAUAUGUGUCGUUCUAGACUCGUUCACAUGGAGGAAAACGAAAACGGAAUCAGAGAGAGGUGCCCUGCACCACUUUUUCUAAACACAAAUUUGUUUGUUUUUACUGUUUUUCAGUGUCAUUUUUGAACUUGUAUAUUCUCUUCAUAAAGAAGUUGCAGAGACUUGGUUUAUGCUUCAAGGAUCCAGGAUCAAAGUCCCCAACAGCCACAUCCUGCAAUUGUCUUUGCACCAUGGGUGGACAGAGGAGAAUAGUCGUGUCUGCAGUGGAGCAGAGGGCACAAGGCGCCUGGUCGUCAAAUCAUCGCCCGUGAGUGAAGCCGACACAGCAGACGAUGUGUGCUGCGUUUCUGGAGGAGUACUGCGGGUCAGUCUUUUGGAAUGCGUCCUAUUUGGAGAGAGAGGACCCUGACCUCCCAGUAUGUCUGGAACAGACAGUUCUGGUCUGGAUCCCUCUGGGCUUCCUCUGGCUGAGCGCUCCAUGGAACCUCAUGUCUUUAUGUAAAAGAUCACAAGUGAAUACAAAACGUCGGACGAAGCUCUACCUCUGCAAACAGCUUGUCGUGUUUCUGCUGUUUCUGACGGCCAUUGGAGGCCUGAUUGUCACAUUAGUAGAAGACUUUGGUAGAAACAGCUCAGCAGAGAAAAAUUCUGCUGUACACUACACAAACCCAGUCCUCUUCGCUGUCACAUGGAUCCUCCUGGCGUUGUGUCAAGAAGGAGUGAGACGAAAAGAAGGAGCAGUAGACUCUGCUUCUCUUUUCCUUUUCUGGCUUCUCCUUGUCAUCUGUGACAUUUUCCCUUUCCAGACCCUCCUACGGGAAGCCCUUAGGCUGGAAGGGUAUUUUUAUGCCGUGCUGCUGCUGGUGGUGGCUCUUCUGCAAUCAUUGGUCUUGCAGCAGUUUGUGCGGCGAUGCUUCGUUCUGGGGAUGAAGGUUCGAGCUGCCCUCAUGGCUGCCGUGUACAAGAAGGCGUUGGUGAUGUCUAACGACAACCGCAAAGAGUCAACAGUCGGAGAAACUGUGAACCUCAUGUCAGCAGACGCCCAGCGCUUCAACGACGUGACCAACUUCAUCCACCUGCUGUGGUCCUGCCCUCUGCAGAUCAUUGUGUCCGUCGUUUUCCUGUGGUUGGAGCUGGGACCUUCAACAUUAGCAGGGGUUGCAGUAAUGCUGCUAAUGGUGCCGGUCAACGGACUGUUAGCCAACCAGGCCAAAAAAAUUCAGAGAGAAAACAUGAAGUCUAAAGACAAGAGACUAAAAAUAAUGAAUGAAAUCCUGAACGGAAUCAAGACUCUGAAGCUGUUUGCGUGGGAGCCAUCCUUCCAGACUCAAGUUGAAGAUAUCAGAGGAGAAGAACUGAAGGUGAUGAGGAAGUUUGCCUAUCUCACAUCUUUCUCCACCUUUAUCUCCAACUGUGCCCCCACUCUAGUCUCUUUGGCCACAUUUGCUGUGUUUGUUGGUGUGAGCUCAGACAACAUAUUAACUGCUGAGAAAGCCUUCACUUCAAUCUCUCUGUUCAACAUUCUACGACAGCCACUGAGCAUGCUUCCUACGCUCAUAGCUUCCAUUGUGCAGACAGCGGUGUCUAAGAAGAGACUGGAGAGGUUUCUGGGAGGAGAUGAUCUUGAGAGCGACAUUGUGCGUCAUGACUCUAGUUUUGACUCUGCUGUCAGCAUAAGUGAUGGUUCUUUUGCGUGGGAAAAAGACUCUGAGCCUCUACUUAAAAGUGUCUCGCUAGACAUUAAGCCUGGCGGGCUGGUAGCUGUAGUGGGAGCUGUGGGCUCAGGGAAGUCCUCUCUCUUGUCAGCGCUCCUGGGAGAAAUGCACAGGACCAAAGGCUUCAUUAACAUUCAAGGCUCUCUUGCAUUUGUACCACAGCAAGCCUGGAUCCAAAAUGCCACUCUGCGGGAUAACAUCUUGUUCGGCUCUCCCUACGAAGAGCAGAGGUUCGAAGACAUACUGGAGGCGUGUGCUCUGGGCCCCGACCUCAAGCUGCUGUCUGCAGGAGAUCUCACUGAGAUCGGAGAAAAGGGUAUAAAUCUCUCAGGAGGUCAGAAGCAGCGCGUCAGCUUGGCUAGAGCAGCUUACAGUCAGGCUGAUAUUUUUCUGCUAGAUGACCCCCUGUCUGCUGUUGACUCUCAUGUGGGAAAGCAUCUAUUUGACAAAGUUAUUGGACCCAAUGGACUUCUGAAAGACAAGACUCGUAUCCUGGUGACUCAUGGAGUUAGUUUCCUGCCUUGGGUAGAUGAAGUUGUAGUUUUGGUGAAUGGACGGGUUUCUGAGGUGGGAUCCUACCAGAGCCUCCGUGCGAGCAAAGGAGCUUUCUCAGAAUUUUUAGACACAUACGGCACAGAGCAAAGCAAUCAGACAAGUUCAGAAGAUGGAUGUCACGAUAAAGAAGACUUCAUCUCCGACUCAGAGGACGACCAGUCAGACGUUUCUUUGGCGGACGACGUUUCUCUCAUGCUGAGGAGGGAAAACAGCGUCCGGCGGAGCCAGAGAGGAAACAGAAGCAGUUUCAGAUUAAGAAAAAACAGCAAUUUAAAAUCCCCUGAAAACACAAAGAAAGGUCAGAGGCUAAUUGAGAAGGAGACUGUGGAAACAGGACAGGUUAAAUUCUCAGUCUGGCUCCAGUACGUGCAAGCCAUGGGCUGGGGAUAUGCCUUUUGGGCCCUCUUCAUUUAUGUCAUGCAGAAUGUUGCCUUUAUUGGUCAAAACCUGUGGCUGAGUGACUGGACCAAUGAUGCAGUGGAGUAUUACAACCAGACAUACUCUCCCAAGAAGAGAGACACCAGGGUGGGGGUAUUUGGUGCUCUUGGAAUGGCUCAGGGUCUGUUUGUCUUCCUGGGUACGCUGCUCCUGACCAAUGCUGCAGUCAACGCAUCUCGUCUUCUGCAUUCAAGACUGCUCAACAAUGUCCUUCGAGUUCCCAUGGUUUUCUUUGACACUACGCCACUUGGGAGAAUCCUCAACCGCUUUGCAAAGGACAUAUUCACAAUAGAUGAAAUCAUUCCACAUUUGUUCAGCUCCUGGAUCAUUCAUCUGCUGGGCAUAGUGGGGACAAUAGUUUUCCUCUGUCUUUCCACUCCUCUCUUCAUCAUUGUCAUCAUUCCUCUGGCUGUGAUUUACUUCUUUGUACAACGAUUCUAUAUACCAACUUCACGACAGCUGCGUCGCCUGGAGUCAGUCGCUCGCUCUCCUAUAUAUUCCCACUUUGGCGAGACCAUGUCAGGUCUGUCCGUGAUAAGAGCCUACAACCAUCAGGAGCGAUUUAUGAAACACAAUGAAGUAACCAUCGACGAAAACUUGAAAACUAUCUAUUCAAGGAUCAUGUCAAACAGAUGGCUGGCCGUCCGCCUGCAGUUUCUCGGAAACCUUGUGGUGUUUUUUGCUGCUGUAUUUGCUGUCAUUUCUAGAAACUCCAUUGACAGCAGCCUGGUUGGCCUCUCUAUAUCAUAUGCCCUCAAUGUAACUCUAACCCUCAGCUUUGUGGUCAACAUAACCUCACAGCUGGAGACUAAUAUUGUAGCUGUAGAAAGAGUGAGUGAAUACGCUGAGCUUGAGAAUGAGGCUCCCUGGGUGACUCAGGAUCGGCCUUCAGAGAAGUGGCCUGAAGCAGGAAGGCUGCAGUUUGUAGACUACAAGGUCCGCUACAGACCUGAACUGGACCUGGUCCUGAAAGGGAUUUCCUGUGACAUCAGUGGCACUGAGAAAAUUGGUAUAGUGGGCCGCACUGGAGCUGGAAAAUCAAGCCUGACAAACUGCCUGUUUCGCAUAAUUGAAGCAGCUGAUGGACGUAUCCUAAUUGAUGAUGUAGAUAUCUCUAAAAUUGGACUGCACGAUCUAAGAAACAGACUCACAAUCAUCCCACAGGAUCCAGUCUUGUUCUCUGGGAUGCUGAGGAUGAACUUGGAUCCAUUUGACAAAUUCAGCGAUGAGGAGCUCUGGAGAGUGCUGGAGCUGUCUCAUCUGAAGGACUAUGUAGCUGGGCUGAAGGAAGAAUUACAGCAUGAGGUUGCAGAGGGAGGAGAAAACCUCAGUGUCGGUCAGAGGCAGCUGCUGUGUCUGGCUCGGGCUCUGCUGAGAAAGUCUCGGAUCCUGAUCCUGGAUGAGGCCACUGCAGCCGUUGACCUGGAGACGGACGACCUGAUUCAGACUAUGAUCCGCAAAGAGUUCUCCCACUGCACGGUGCUCACCAUCGCCCACCGUCUGCACAGCAUCAUGGACAGCUCCAGGGUGAUGGUCCUUGAUGCUGGUAAAAUUGUGGAAUUUGAUUCUCCAAGCAAUCUGAUGGAAAAGCGAGGUCAUUUCUACUCCAUGGCAAAGGAUGCUGGGAUAACACAUGAGAGCGAAACAUCGCUCUAAAAAGCACUUUUAUGAUUUUUUUUGAAAGAUGACCUAAUUUCAUUGUUUUUUUUUCUUGCUGCUUUUCAAGAACUUUUUAAUGUAUAUUAAUAGAACAAAAAUUAAACUAUAUAAGUUUGGAAUAACUCCUUACUGUUACUGUUUAUGUAAACAUGCUUCAUAUACCAAAGGAGUGGCAUUUUCAUCUUUUGAAACCUGAUCUUGUUGUUAGUUUCAUCAUCUCAACAGAAGAGAAUAAGAGAGCCUGACUUUGGUCCAACACAGCCGUUUUAUCACUUAUUUUAGAAUCUGCUUGACAGCAAAAAACAAACAAAAAAAAAAAAACAUUUUUUUUCUACUGUAGACGGAUUCAGGCAGUAAAAGAGUAAAAUAACUGUCAAAUAAUAAAAAAUCAACCACAAGAAAAAAGACAAUCAUUCUUAAAAGCACACACAUUUUAGGUUUAAUUAAUGAAAAGAGUGGAGAUUUGGUAAACAUUUUGUCGGUGGCACUACAUACAUUCAGCAUAAUGACGUUUUUCAGUUAAACUCCCCCCCAAAUCAGUCCUGCAACAUGAAAAACAAACAGACAGAACCUGACCAGGGAUAUUUCUUUAACUUUUGCACCAUGUUAAUACAACUGAGACGGUGUGUUGUUCACAAUAACAUUUAUGUAUAUAGUUCAUAGGACAGGGGAAAAGAAAAUCUGUUUCUGUUCAUUUGUCCAAAUUAUGGAAUUACAUUAUAAUAUAGCAAAACACCACUAAGAUGUCUAUGAUGAGGUCUAUCGGCACCAGUCCAGUACAGAUCAGUGCAAAGGAAUGAGAAGAGCCACGAAGAGAAAGUCACAUUUAACUAAAAAAGAUGCGCCUUUAUGAGGCACAUGGCCUAAAUAUUACAGUGACUGCUCAUCAGUAUGGUUCAACAGAUUUUUUUCUGUAAUGUUAUUGUACACCACUGGCAUCACAUUAACAGCAUCAAAAACAAAGUUAGCAUGGGUAGCAAUAUGAACUGGAACCUGUAAGAUGUGACUGUACUGCAGCCUUUUACACCAUAAUGAGGCAUUUGGAGAAACGCAGUCCCACACAGAGCACUCUGUCGGGCCGCCAAACUCUCUAAAUGCAAUUUCCUGUAUCUUACACUGGAAACUAAAUAACAGCUAAAAGUUACCACUUUAUGAAUAAGCAUUGCUCAUAUUUAUCUAUACACAUUUAUACAUUCAGAUUUGACGACUUGCUCACAAAAAUUGGCAUCUUUUUUUUUUUUCUUUUUUUUUGUGAGGCUAACCAGUCCAAAACUGACAGACAGUAAACAUGUCCAGGCCUUUUCUUGUUAUCUGUCAGUAGUUGGCAUGUAAUGCUUCUCACAGUUGCCCCUAAAAAAAGAAAUAUAAGGAUGAUCCACCUUAACAUGAUCAGUGUCCACAGAGGCAACUUCAUCCCAUUUUCUUGAGGCUUGACAGCAGCUUAUGAUCGGUUGAGCCCAUCUUAGCUAGAGAACAAACACGAUACACCUUUGUUCUAUGGCAAACAUCUCUCAGAAUAAAAUGGU